CAACUACUGCAUCCAAGACGCCAGCUGCAUUAACAACCUCCGCUCCUGUAGAACAAGAUAUGCGCUUGGUUAUCAGUGGUCACGGCGCAGUGUUCGAGCGAGAGCGAGGGCCAAGAAACAGCAUUUCGAGAAAAGCAAGUAGCGUGGAGUCGGCCAACAGUGGAGUUUACCUUCAGGGGGCGUCUAUAGAUACUAGUGCGCAGUCCUCAGUAAGAAAAGUCGGUGCGAUCACACCAACCCCGUUGAGCGGCAGGAGUCACGCAUCGUCAUCUAUUUUCCAGGUAUCGCAGCACAGCCGGCAGCAGUCAAUCAUUGGCCUGGCGCCAGGAGCCACGACGCCGAGAUCGGAAGCUCCGGUUGAAAUAGGAGACGCACCUACGGAGCAAGGCGGUCGAUCUACCACGUCUGGCAGAAACACAAAUACUUUGAUGCGAAAUAUUAUGGCCUUGCAGCGUAAAACGCCGCGCGAGGAAGACGUCAUAUCUUUGCAGACUGAAACAUUGAGCCAGAUCGCUGAUCAGUCGGAGUUGAGUCGACCUACGACUGCGCCAAAGGUGUCAAAAUACGAUCAAAUGCUGUCCCGCGUCAAGGAAGAGUGGGGCUUCGCCGACACCGCGACGGCAGCAGCGUUCUUACAGUCUCAAAAGAAGAUGAAGCGGAUGCAGCUCAAACGCAAACAGGGCCCUGCUCCUGCCAGGCGAGGCACAUCGACAGGUAACCCUCAUACAAGAAGUUUUCUUCUGGAAGACUUCGGUGUAGUGAUUUAUUAAGGAUGCCGAUGUCUUCGUUCUAAAGUUUUCUUUUCAGAGAAUGAAUUUUUGCCAUUCAUCAUCACCUCAUAGGUCUCGAAAAGAGUGCAGCCAGUACGCCCGCGUCGCGUAGUGUCCAUGGUUCUGACCGCGCACCACGUGUUGACACCACGCCAGCAUCGAUACAGGGUCACAACGCGAACUUUGAAGACGAGGAGCGUAGAGGGGUACUACGCGGAUACCCCGAAGGGACUCCCGACGGAGGGGAAAAUCGACGCAAGAGGCUUCCUUCGACUGGCCUUUACGCAGGAGAUGUGUCGUCGCGGAGCAGCAACAAAGAAAACAACUUUCAACAAGGAAUAGAGCAACUUUCCUCUCGUAGUGGUGGCCAGCACCACAUGGUUCCUCCAAGUAAGAAUUCUAGCCGUGGAGGAGGAGCCGUUGCACACAGCACGCGCGCAGGCGGGCGUCAGAGCAUGGCGCGACCGCCUGACGUUGACAAGGAAACUGUUGUUCGCGAAAGUACACGCGCUGCGCGGGUCGCUUGGCCAGCACGGAAAAACAUGGGGCCAAAAGCACAAGACGCUAUUGCCGAAUACAAGCGCAUGAAGGAGCGUGAACGUCAAGCUGCAGCAGCCUCACAGGAAGAUGGAACGCGCCUGCCGCCAUUGCAGCAGUCAGGGAGUAUCCUUGAAAACAGUGCUUGGGGAGCAGCGAGAAACCGAUCUGAUUAGUUUUCGACUCGUUUGAGAUUUCUGUCGUCUUUCUUGUCUUUGCAAAUUCUGAGCAUUGGUUUUAUUUAGUACAGCUUCAACUUGCGAGUACCUCUUCAUCUGAGUACAUUUUUCCGUCUUGAUUAUCUGUUUGACUCUCCGCAUUUGCUGUUGCGCAAUGUGGGACGCGUUGAAAAUUUACACGCUGUGCUCGUGCUUCAAGAUUUCUCUGUUUCUUAGCUUCUUCUCACUCCGUUUCUUGCUGACGCGAAAAAGUUGAUCAAAUGCUGAGUGAAAAGUUUUUUGGGAUUAAGGUCGAGUCGAUGGCAGCUGGUAUUACAGAC